UACUCCCCUGCAACCUGUAACACAAAAAACCGUACGUCUCCGCUCCUCGGAGAUAAAAACCACUCCCAUUCCCUCCCACUUCUCUCCAAGCUCGUCAGGCCUCAUUCCCUCUCCCUCACCCACUUUACAACUCCUUCACAACAGCUUCGUUUAAUUCCUUCAACAAUGACCUCUAAGGAGGAGAAGAUCGACGUGGGCAGCGCUACGCCGCCGUCGCCUGUUCAUGACCAUGCGCAGGCGCAUACCAAGGAUACCUUCACUGGUGAUGUCGAGGGCGUUCGCGAUGAUUUCCGUGAGGACGAUUUCAUGACCCGCAAUGGUCUGAACCUCAAGUCUUUCCAGCGCCGCGACUACGGCACUGGCGUCGUCGAGCUCGAUCGCUCCAUGAAGAAGCGCCAUCUCCACAUGAUCGCCAUUGGAGGUUCAAUCGGUGCUGGUUUCUUCGUCGGUUCCGGUGGUGCCCUCACCAAGGGCGGUCCCGGCGCCGUCUUCCUCUGCUUCUCUAUCGCUGGUAUUAUGAUCUUCAACGUCGUCCACGCUCUCGGUGAGCUCGCUGUCAUGUAUCCCGUCUCUGGUGGUUUCUAUACCUACUCUACUCGCUUCAUCGAUCCAUCCUGGGGCUUCGCCAUGGGCUGGAACUACGUCUUUCAAUGGGUCAUCGUCUUGCCGCUAGAAUUAACAGUCGUCUCUUUCACGGUACAAUAUUGGAACAAAGACAUCAACGAAGCUGUCUGGAUCACAGUCUUCUGGAUAUUCAUCAUUGUCAUCAACAUCUUUGGUACCCUGGGCUAUGCCGAAGAAGAGUUCUGGAGUUCCGUCUUCAAGCUCGCUGCCAUUGUCAUCUUCAUGAUUGUCGCCAUCAUUCUUAUCUGUGGUGGCGGUCCCUCCUCUGGCGACUUCGACACAUAUCAGGGUGCCAAGCUCUGGUAUGAUCCCGGCGCGUUCCAGAACGGCUCCCGAGGCUUCUGUGGUGUCUUUGUCACAGCCGCCUUCUCUUUUGCCGGUACUGAGUUGGUCGGCCUCGCUGCUGCUGAGUCUCGCAACCCCGCCAAGGCCCUUCCCGGUGCCAUAAAGCAGGUCUUCUGGCGUAUCACCCUCUUCUACAUCAUCGGUCUCACUCUCGUCGGUAUGCUCGUCAGCUCCACAGAUGAGCGUCUCCUCAACAGCGCCAACCCUUACAAGGACGGUACCUCUCCUUUUGUGCUCGCCGCCAAGGACGCUGGUCUCAAGGGCUACGACAGCUUCAUGAACCUGGUCAUCUGCAUUUCGGUUGUCUCCAUCGGUGUCUCUGCAGUCUAUGGUGGCUCCCGUACGCUGACUGCUCUCGCCGAGCAAGAUUACGCGCCCAAGAUCUUCACAUACAUCGAUCGCUCAGGACGACCUCUCGUCUCUGUAGGCUUCAACCUCAUCUGGGGUGCCCUCGCCUACGUUGUCCUCGCCUCAUCUGGUGGUCUUGUUUUUGACUGGCUCCUUGCUGUCUCCGCCCUCGCCGCUCUCUUCACCUGGGGCUCUAUCUGCUACGCUCACAUCCGUUUCCGCGCUGCUUGGAAGAAACAAGGCCGAAGCCUCGACCAGAUUCCCUUCAAGGCUGCUGGUGGCGUUUGGGGCUCUUGGUUGGGUCUUGCUCUCUGCUUCGCCAUUCUGGGCUGCCAGCUCUUCGUCGCCAUCUGCCCGCCAAACAAGCCAGGCUACGGCAAUGCCGAGGACUUCUUCAUGGCCUGCCUCGCCAUUCCCGUCGUCCUCGUCUUCUGGAUCAUUGGUUACUUCUGGAAGCGUCCUCAGUGGCUCACAGUUGAUAAGAUCGACCUUGACACCGGUCUCCGUGAGCAUGACUGGGACCAAAUCAAUGCUUACCGUGCUACUGUUGCUGGAUGGCCCGCCUGGCGCCGAUUCUUCCACAAGUUCAUGUAAGGGCAUAAAGUCUCGUAUACAUGAAUAUUGGGAACAGAAUGGUCAACUUGUGUAGUUAGUCCCUCUUAUUGAGGAUUCUUAGUUUAUACCCCGUCAAUCUACUGGUUGCUAGCUUUUAUAAUAAGAAUCUUGGGAAGUUUGUUUAUUGUGAAAGUAUUUAAAUCAUUAAUGGUAAGCCACUUACUAAAGAUAUAACAAG